AUGCGAAUCCCACUAUCGAGGACGCUCCCGGGUCUCUCGCGGCUGCCACCGCUCCUACGCCGCCCGCCACUACCAAAAUCCCACCUCAGCCAAUCCUCAAGGCGAACCUACACAGCCCCGGUCCUCGCCAAACCCACUAAAUUCACACCACCCUCCCAUCCCCCGUCUCCACCCCACGGCCGGGACCCUAUAAAUUACCCUGGUCCCCCAACCCACCGAGACCCAGCGAAACGCUACCCAAACACCAUGCCGCCGCCAAACACAUGGUCGUACUACUUCCUCACCUCGCGAGUCCUGCACUUCUAUAUUUCCAUCUCCGUCCUGGUGGUCCUGGGGGCCUGGGCUGCUGUGAUGAACUUCCUCCGUGCGACUGAACGGGGGAGGGAGCUUGAGGGCGAAUUAUCAUGGAGUCAGCCGCUUGAUUCCGUGAAGCGGUUCAUAGCGGCGUAUAGGUUGCACGCGCACGAGCGGACUUUGUUGGUUGCGGAGGUAAGGAGGAGAAAGGCUGAGGAUGCCGAUAAGAGGAGGGUGUAUAGGCGGGCGCAUGGGCUGGAGCGGGCGAGGGAAGGGAGGUUUGGCGGGCGGGAGGUUGGGCCCGGAGCGGAGCCGGAAAAAGGGAGUAUAAUUCGGAGGGCGCUCGAUACGGUUACGGGAGUGAAGGGGAACCCUACUAGCGGGGAGGGGGGCUGGGUGGAGGAGGAGAUUCGGAGGGCUGAGGAGGAGGUGGAGGUGGCUGUUGCUGCUGGAAUUGCGGCUGGGACAGGGGCUGCUGAAGAGGCUGUGGCCGCGCCUACUAAGGAGGUUAAAGAGGAGAAAAAGAAAGGGUCUUGGUGGUCGAGGGGUUGA